CAAGGCGCAGAUUCAGUGUUUACAGAGAAACCGAAGCAAUAAGAAGCGAAGAGUGCUGUGCAUUGUUUUAGAAUCGUUUAUUAUCAAGAGAAUUCCAGUGAACUGUCAAGAUGUCUGAAAGUCAUUUCGACGAAUACGAACACUACAAUUUCGCCUACGAUAAAGAGAUAUUUUGCGGUAACAGCGGUAAGCAGAGAUCAAAGAAAGAAGCUGCAGUCCAUACCAACCAUUUCGACCCCAGUGGACAUUCCAGAAAGAUCCUCACCAAGCUGGUCAAUACCGAGCACAACAAGAAGUACGUCAAGCAGUAGGACCUAGUGGUUUUCGAGUUAAAAAGGACUUAAGACGUUUCGAAAGCGAGUCAAGGACUGUGAUAUGAUACAUGCCCAUUGUCGGAAUACAGGCCUCAACAUCAAGGUCAUCGCACCAUCAGUUUAAUAUGGUGGGUCUAAACAAAGACUGUUAAAAUUAUCAAUUUUAUUGGGUAUUUUUCCUCGAUCUUUUUAGAUUGUUACUUUACGCUUUUAAUCUGUUCAAUACAGAAUAUGAUUGAUUAAUUGAAUAAUAAAUUAAGUAUGUGAUAA